CGUGAAAGGCCGGGGGGAGGAAAAUAAAGGUCAUCUUAAGAGGAAGUGGGGGGGGCCCUCCUGAGGGGAGAGAAACAGAUUAACGCAACGGUCGGAGGGAAACGCACCUCAGAGGGGCAACGGGCGAGGGAGCAGGAAGAAAGCGGACCGAGUAGGGGCAGCGAUUGUAAGCGGACCGUGUAGGGUGAAGGGUGGGAGCCCGCGAACGCCGGAGGCAACCGGUUGGGGGGCGAGAGGCUGGCGGCAAUGGAGAGCAAACUGGCGCCCAAUGGGGACAUCUACAGCACCGUCAACGGCUUCAUGGAGAAGGCCCACUCUGAGGGCAAGGUGGCGGCGAGGAAGAACGGCUUCGUGAAACCCGCUUUCGCCCAGAACGGGAAGAUUCUUCAUGUUGCACAAAAUGGCGGACUGUACAAGAAGCCAUUCAAUCAGUCUUUUGAGGAAACACCUAUGCUUGUUGCUGUGUUGACAUACAUGGGUUAUGGAAUCCUUACACUUUUUGGAUAUCUCAGGGAUUUUCUUCGGGAGUGGAAGAUUGAAAAAUGUCAUCAUGCUACUGAACGUGAAGAGCAAAAGGAUUUUGUACCAUUGUACCAAGACUUUGAAAAUUUCUACACCAGAAACCUGUACAUGAGGAUUCGAGACAGCUGGAACCGGCCCAUCUGCAGUGUCCCUGGGGCAAAGUUCGAUGUAAUGGAGAGGGUGUCUCAUGACUACAACUGGACAUUCAAGUUUACUGGCACCGUCAUCAAAGAUGUCCUCAAUAUGGGUUCUUACAACUACCUGGGCUUUGCAGAAAGCCAGGGUUUCUGUGCAAAUGCAGCAACUAAAGCAACUAUCCAGUAUGGAGUUGGAGUUUGUAGCACACGGCAAGAAAUUGGUAACUUAGACAAACAUGAAGAGCUAGAAAAGUUAGUGGCUCGGUUCUUGGGAGUUGAAUCAGCCAUGGCUUUUGGAAUGGGCUUUGCAACAAACUCUAUGAAUAUUCCUGCUCUUGUUGGCAAGGGUUGUCUAAUUUUGAGUGAUGAGCUAAACCAUGCCUCCUUGGUGCUUGGAGCCAGACUUUCAGGUGCAACCAUCAGAGUUUUCAAGCACAACAAUAUGCAGAGCUUGGAUAAAUUGUUGAAAGACGCUAUUGUGCAUGGGCAGCCACGGACUCGCAGACCAUGGAAAAAGAUCCUCAUUGUUGUUGAGGGAAUUUACAGUAUGGAGGGUUCCAUUGUCCGUUUACCUGAGAUAGUGGCAUUAAAGAAAAAAUACAAGGCUUAUCUCUACCUGGAUGAGGCUCACAGCAUCGGGGCUCUAGGACCCUCAGGUCGAGGUGUGGUGGAAUAUUUUGACCUCAGUCCCGAGGAUGUGGAUGUCAUGAUGGGAACCUUCACUAAGAGUUUUGGUGCAGCUGGCGGAUACAUAGGUGGCAAAAAGGAACUCGUAGACUACCUUCGCUCACAUUCUCACAGUACAGUGUAUGCUACCUCAAUGUCUGCACCUAUUGCAGAGCAAAUCAUUGCAUCCAUGAAAUGCAUCAUGGGCGAAGACGGCACAACACUUGGUCAAACCCGGGUUCAACAGCUGGCGGAGAACACUCGGUACUUCAGAAGAAGACUGAAGGAAAUGGGAUUCAUUAUCUAUGGAAAUGAUGAUUCACCAGUUGUGCCUUUGAUGCUGUACAUGCCAGCCAAAAUUGGUGCUUUUGGGCGAGAAAUGCUGAAGAGAAAUGUUGGCGUAGUAGUGGUUGGUUUUCCCGCUACUCCAAUCAUUGAAUCCCGAGCCAGGUUUUGUGUAUCUGCUGCUCACACCAGAGAGAUGCUGGAUACAGUUUUAAAAGUAAUAGGAGAAGUUGGUGAUCUCCUGCAGUUGAAAUACUCACGGCACAAAUUGGACCCUUUACUUGACUGUCCAUUCGAUGAAACCCUGAAUGAAGAAAACAAAGACUGACCUCUGCCCCCGUUGGGCAAAUGUUUGCAAGUCCAAAUCUCUCCUUUCAGUUACAUACCACUCUGCUUCUUUAUGCUUCAAAUCUUCAGACCUAUUUAUUUUUUAAAACCCAAGUUGAACUUGAAGGUGUUGAAUGAGUGCUCAUUCACUAAAGCCAUUUUAUUUCAUUACCUGGAGCUAUACACAGCUUUUUGGCAUUUCCAUUACUUACUGAGAAAUCAAAACAAAAAUGUGUUUGCAUCUCCUGAAAGAGUUUCUCCCCUGAAACCCUGUCCACAAUAAGCUACUAUACAAAUAUAAUCAGUUUAUUGGCAAGGUGGAGCCACUGCUCACAAGCAUGAAACCUCUGAAUCUUUAAUGAUUUAAGUAACUUCUCACUUUACAUAUGUACCACAUUCUGCUUUCCUCCCUCCACACAAGACUUUGUUUCUUAACGUACUUCCUAACUGUGCUGGUCUUGAUCUUUCCUAUAAGUGACACAAUAAGAAUCUUCAGAAAGGUAAGGUGGGGCUGUGGUUUUAAUAAGCUGUUUGAAAUGACUUGCAAUGAUCCAAUUCAUUUUUUUUUUGUUCACAUGUAGUCAGAUCAAUUUAGAGUUCCUGAGGCGAAAGCUGAUGUUGGCGAGCCCAGAAUUGCCAAUUAACUAACUAAUUGCUGAAAAUAGUACUGAUUAUAUGUGUGAAAUUUUGUUUAGGUUACUUUUACCUCCUUUCAAUGAUGGUGCUCCCUCCCCUCAACAUCUCAAAAGCUUUAAUUUAUAAAAUUAGAUCCACUUUACCUGCAACGUAGCAUUCAAAGCAGUACAGUUGGGUAAAACUGUCAAAUAGAAGGUCUUGCUGGACAACUUUUAUUCUGAAAUGAAAUGUUGCAAGACAACGUGUAUGUAUUGAAAGCCGGACCUUUGUAUUUCAAACAGUGAAAUCUUUAAGAAAUUAGGGUUUAGUUUAUAAUCUGUUUUGGAAAUUUUAUUUGGAGAUGGUAGUAACUUAAUUUGACCGUACAUUUAAAAAGCAAUCUCAAAUUUCACCCAAAAUUGAAACAUCAGGUCUUGUCCUGAACUGUAUAAUCUGAGACCCCAAAUAAUGCAGCAAAACAAUUUCCUCAUCUUCCUCCUCACUACUCCCGAGAAGAUUUAUUUCACUAGUAACCACUGAUAAGUGAGAAUACCUUUGCCUGGAACAGAAAAGGAUUUCUGCUGCAUGUGUAAAAUAAGUAUUUUACAGGCAUUCCCUUCAGUCUGUAUCCAUUAUGAAAAAUGAUGCACUUGACCUUCAUUCAUUGUUGCAUAGCCUGACUUAUAGGGGAUUGAUACAUUUACUUCACUGUCAGUUAGUAGUUUGAAUGUGUUUUUGCAUCUGAUUUUACUGUGGGGAAGGGCAAGGAGGAUUAUUACAAUUUCAACAUUUUUUCCUAUACAAGAUAUUGCUGAGUGAAGAUGAAGUUUUUUUUAAAUUGACAGUGCUUCAUGCUUCAGAUCUUGUCUAUUGUUAGUUUGAUCAUUGCUGAGGACUAGCACUGAAAAUUGAGGUCAUGUGUUCACAAAUGGCAUUGCAAUGUUGGAAGGAGUUUUUGCACAUAGCUCUAUUACAUUUGAAGUAAUUGGCUGCAGUGGUAUGAUUUCUUUACAAUUGUAGAUAUUGCCAUAAAUGCCAGACAGGUAGACAAUUGUUAUACCUGCAGAAUUCCUCAAUGUAUUUGCUGAAGGGAAUACACUGUUGCAUGUUUCUAAGUGCUAGCCACUGGUUUAACCUGAGAGAGAUUGUGGAGGAAGAGAGGAUAAGAGAAGUGCUAGAGUGCAGGGCUUCAGAAGUGCCCUCCAAUGUUGAAUGCACUGAGAGAAAACCUCUCAUUUCUGUAUUGUGUAUUUAGUUGCCAGAUUUUUGAAUCAAGAUCCUUAUUUUUCUAUUUAUAAUAGGUGGAUUCCCAGUAAGUUGAUUGUUAAAAGUACUGUGUGGUCAGUAUGUUGCUAAUACUGUAUUGUGUCCGGUGAACCCCUCCUGAAACGCAUGGAUUUUGGGUGAGGACAGGAUCAUGCAACCCACUCACCUCAAAAUUCACGUGUGUGUUGAGGUUGGUGAUUUGGGUGAGGUACCGGAGGGCACCUGUUGCCUGUGAAAUUUAACCCCAUUAUAGUUUGCCUGUGCUUUAGAAUAGAAAAGAACUAGGGAAGAAUAGAGGGGGAAAUUGAGUCGAAAGAUUUGUCACAUGGUUGGCUGAGCCAGGGUGGGGAGCAAAAAUAAUUUUGCAACCCUUUAACCUCCCACCUCAAAUUUGAAUUGAAUGAGCAGUAUUUCACUUGUCUUCAUGAGGAAAAGGCUUGUGAAUCCUCACAGCACCAGAUCCAAUACCAUUGUGUUCUUUUUUUUUAUUUCAGAUCACCAAUUUGAAAUCACUCCAUUGACAUUCUGCAUUAUUUUUCUUACUCCAGUUCAAGCAUAUUUAUAAAUCUCACUUAAGUUUAAGGGAUGCGAAACCAUGUGAAUCACUAACUUUUUAUACUAAAAUGUGCAAUCGAGAGUUGAUUUGUUUUGAGUUGGGUUCUUUUUCCGCUUAAAUUGAUUUAAGCGGCGGAUCAUUGUUAGCAAAUGCAGCUUUAGUUUCUCUGGAGUAGUAUUCACUUUUUUAAAAGAAGAAAAGAUUUAAUAUCAUUGUACUGUUUAAAAUGUAGCUUGUGUUAUCUAUGUUUCAAGCUGCAUUCAUGGGCUGUCACUAAGACAGCUUAUGUGAUAUAUUCAAUUAGUUAAAUUAAUUACACAAUUGUGUCCUCAUAGUUUCGCCAUUCCAGAUUAAUAUUGUCUCUCUUCCUUUGGAGGGCAUGCAGUUAUGAUUAUGACACUUUUUAAAAUUCUGCUUGUGCUUUUUUCUCCAAUAGUUUUGCCCUAAGGAAAGUAUUAUUAUAGAGUCAAUUAUUUUGUUUUCCAGCUGCCUUCUCUGCAAGUUAAGUACUGUGGAUUUUCUGUCUUCUCCCAAUACAAUGCCAACUUCUGAUGCACUUUUAUUUUUCAACAAUACCUUCUCCACUUUAUUUUGUCUGCUGUCAUUUGAUUAGCUUUUGCACAACGGAGCAGGUUUCUUUCUCCUCUUGCAUUUGAAAAUGCAGAAAUAUCACUGCUUUCAGUGAAGUUUGCUGUUAAGCAUAAACCUGCCAUUGACAAGGUGUUGAUUUGAAAUGUAAUGUCCAGUUGACAUGCAUGAAGGAGAAAUCUGUUCACAAUUGCUCAUCUGCACUGAAGCUGUCCACCUGAUCUUGACUGUUUAUAAGCUCUCUGCAUCGUAUAAGAUGUGAUUGCUUAUUAAUUGUCUUUUUUAAGUUUAAGCCACAGGUAUGUCUUUUCUGUUUAAACACAUUAAACACAUCAAUUGAGCACUCCUAUGUAAGUCAGCUUGUCACUAUGGUGUAGAGUAGGUUCCCUAUGCAAAAUAUUCUUUCACAAGAAAAUGGCAAUGGUUCAGGAAACAACAAAAUGCUGGAAGAACAUUUAUUAACCACCUUCAACUUCACUGAUAGCACGUUUGUAGUUUUAAAAAAAAAAUUCCAUAUUUCUGGCUGUAGGAAUAGAUUUAGUUUUCUACAGACUAUGGUCAUUCUGUCAUCUUCCCUUUGGCAUCAAAUUUGCUAUGCCAACACCUGGAAAAUGCUGUCAGAGGGUAUGCUAGGAGAAUGACUACUUAGGAAAUGUUCUAUCAGAGCAGCCAGUUUAAGGAAAUGGUUUCUGACUGAGCAGUUGAAGAGUAUAAUUUCCAGGUAGUUCCAAAAACAAAUCCAAGCUGCAGCAAGAAAAAUCCUCCUGCUGCAACUUGUUUCUGUCUUUAAACCAACUUUUUUUUGCUGUACAUUUUGACAGUGCAUGCAGAUAAUCCUGGCUAACUCAAUCUCAAUUUCAUGGAAAACUACAGUGGGGGGUAGUAGUUGGAGAUUUGGGAGGGGUACUGCAGCAUUUUCCCAUGUUACACAUCUGUAUAAAAACAAGCUUUCAUUUUACAUAACCUUUAAUCCUUAUGAUAUAUUGACAUAUUAUGAAGUAUAAUUUGCAAACCUCACACAAUACAUUUUGAAAAUUCAAUGUGUUGAAAACAAUCUUUUCACUAUGAUGUUUUAUAUUUGUACAUUCAUACAUGUAUCAGUGGUCAUCAAUCUAGCUUUAACUUUAAGAUUUUUUUCUUGUUCUGUGAAUUUUAAGCUCACAAGUGCAGUUAUAUUUAGCUGUGUGAUCAGGAUGCUGCCAAUUUGUAGACAAGUCAGUGGUUAUAUUUAUCCAACUGAUGGUCAAGGCAGUUAUGAAAGACCAUACAAGAGAACCUUACAUAGGCCUAUGGCAUGUUGAAGCUAUGCAGAUUUUUUUAAUUACACAAUAAACUUUUCAUAAUGUUUGUUUUUUUAUAAAGAAAAGUUACUUUCCUUGGUGAGGAAAUGUGUUUUUUUAAAAUUGGAUAAUUUGGUGGAAGCUGAUGAACAUAUGAUGGGUAUGUGUACAGCACCUUCUGUGUGUGCACAGGCUCCAAAAGUGCACCUUUUAUUUAUCUCCUGAAGAUGCACUUUUUAGGACCAUAGCGCGCACUCCAGUCUCAACCAUGCCGUCAUGAAAGGGAAGAGAAAAAGCAUUUUGUGCCCACUUUGUGUUGGCCACCUCAUGUCUAAUUUCUCUGCCAACGAAUGGCAAUGGUUUUGAGAUACUCACUGAUGGGAUGGCAAUUAUCAGGAAAUUGUUUUGAAAAUUUCAGUCUGCUGGUUUAUCAGUGCAGUUAGAGCAUCUUGUUAAUGUAUUCAAUCUCGUUUCAAACUUCCACCUUUUGAAACAACAGCUGUAAACUGUCUACUCAGGCUUUGGCCGCAGAGGCCUGCUGUACCACCUACUGUGAGGAAAUCUCAGUCAAUCAUUUUUCUCACAGGUGUUUUUGCUCACUUGCACUAAAAAACAAUGACUGUUCAAUUUUAAGAAUUAAACAAUGUUUCCCAUUGGCUGUUUAUGUAUUGUCUUCUCUUAAACUGUUUCAAGGAAAAUAAUGACUAUUUUGAAUAACAUCUUAAUGCCAAUAGAUAAGGAUUGUACAGGUUUGCACACUUCAGGCAUGAAAAGACUUCUCAAACUUCCUUAAAGUGCUUGUUCUGGGGAAGACCAAGAAGGGCACUGAAAUGGUGUUUGAUCAGAGGUGGUAAAUAAAUGCUGGAUACAUAGUUCAAGUAUCAAGUGUGAACUGCAGUGGUGCCUUGUUAAGUAACAUAUUGUUGAAUUUUACUUAGAUUGUGAACUGGGACAUGAGAAGAGGAAGAGAAAAAAUUGAAUGCAAGUUUUCUUUUGUUAAACUGUACCAUGUUAGAUACCGAACAUAUUCUGAUAGACAUAUCUACUCCAUGAUUUAAUUUAGUGUUGGAUUUAAAAGGUUGAUGCUCACUUGUGGCAUUACACGUUGAUGUUUGGAUAGUGUUGACUGUAGUUAUGCAAACCAGUUAUGUGUCACAGGAAAGUCUGGUAACCUCUUCCCAUGUUCUGGUAUUGCUAAGGUAAGGCAUGUUAAGUAUUUCUGAUAGGACCAGAUAAAUACCAAUGUUGACUUUGCUGCUGGCAGAGUAGUAUUUUACCCAUUUGCAGAGGUAGGAAGGAUUGUUGUAACUCUUAUUCCGUUUGCUUUCCUGUUGAAAAACAGGAUGAACAUUUCCAAAAUGCAAUUUAAAAACCUAAAGCUGUACAGCCUUGGAAUUCUAAUUUUUGCCAAUGUUGAUGCCAACGAUUCUCCCUAGAUUCUAAUCUCUCGUCUUGAUUUGUCAUUUUGUGCUGUAGUAGAUAUUGUUGAGCUAUAGAUGCAGUAUCACAUUUUAAGAAAUGUUUGAACAUAUUGCAAGAAAUCAAAGCCCCCAUUUGAUAAAGCACCUUUAUAUUCUGUGAACAUUCUAAAAUCAAAGGCAGAACCAUCAUCUUUUCAAUUACAUUCUUGCUGCACACUUUGUAUUAAGCAUCAUAAUAACUUUGGCUUCAGAUUAGGAAUGAUUUUGUUUGUCGAUUAAAUCAAGACUAAGGAAAGAGUUCUUGGUGUGUUCUGAAAAUGAUAAGGCACAAAUCUCUGAACCAAUGUGCAGCCAGCCAAAUACAACCAUGUUCAUGACACUUGAUUUAAGGAUAAAAUGGUGUCUGCAUCUUCCUGUUUUGAAAAAUGUGUAAAAUGAGAUUGUACGUCCUCUUGCUUUUUCUGUUUUUCUCAGUGAUUUGUUUAACGAUGACUUAAUGGCUUUGUGUACGGAUUUUAACCUGGAAUGACUGUUGCAUUAAGGUUUAGAGGCAAAAGUCUCUAAGUUAUGUCUAGAAUACAAGAAAAUCCAAUAUUGAGAAUUUGGAAAUCCUAGUUAGUGACUCACAUCACUUUAUUUGUUGCAGGAGAAGGGGGAACAGUAGGAAGAAAUGAAGUUUGUUUUUACCCUUAAAUUCUGUCUGCCUCUGCACAUUUCAGCAAACAAAUAUUGGUUUGUUUUUCACAUUUGAAUGAUCUCGGUCCCAUUUGUGGAAUACCAGUUGCAGUGUAUUAUAAAUGUGAUUAAUAUCCCUUACUGUUUCUGUACAUAUCCUGUUCUUUUGUACAUGAGAUGUUAUAAAUGUACUUUUUUGAUGGGA